GGUGGAGCCGCGGGCGAGCGGCGGGCGCGUUAUCAUAGGGCGGCACAUGGCAGCCGCGCGGGGGCGCCGGGCGCGAUUGUCAGUCCCACUCGGAGCGACGUACCGACCGAUCGCCUCGCGCGCCGCUAACGCUCCAACUCGCGAAUCUAACAUCUCCGUACACGAACUAUUACAACUUUGUGUUGCUUACUUUCGCGCCUGCAAGCUUUUAAAUUGAAGAAUUCAUUGAUAGAGUUACUAUUUGCCUGUCAAUUAAGUCGCGUUGAACCAUGACACUGCGUUGACAUAGUCGUCAUAAGUCAUCAUAGUGUGUGAAUGUGGUGUUGGGCGCCCCGGCGAGGACUUAGCGGCGCAUGAGCGCGGGCGCCGCCGCAGCGGAUGUCCACGCCGCUGCCCAAGUGGUGGAUCGUGCAGUUUGGAAUGCCAGCAGCUCUUGACCUAACUAGGUACAAGAGCGGGGUGCGCUCAGUGAGGAGCGGGGCCGGCGGCGGCGCGGAAGAGGCGCGGCGCGGCGGCCUCAAGGCGCUGCCGAAGCGCGCCCGCACCCGCUGCAGGGGCAUGAACAUGGGGCAAAAGCUGUCCGGCGGUGUCAAAUCGGUGUCGCGGGAGUGCUCGGCGCCGUACAAGGCGGUGGUCGCGCGCGAGCUGGCGCCCGAGCCGCCGCGCCCGGCGCGCCUCGACGCGCUGCUCGACGCGCCGCCCGCGCAUCCGGAGAUGCAGCUCAAGCAUGCCUGGAACCCGGGCGAUAGAUCACUAAACAUAUUUGUAAAAGAAGAGGACGCGUUAACGUUUCACCGGCACCCGGUAGCGCAGAGCACAGACUGCAUCCGCGGUCGCACUGGCUACUCGCGGGGCCUGCACUGCUGGGAGGUGGUGUGGCCGUCGCGCCAGCGCGGCACGCACGCCGUCGUCGGGGUGGCCACGCAGCACGCGCCGCUGCACUCCGUCGGAUAUCAGAGCCUAGUCGGCGCUACGGAUCAGAGCUGGGGAUGGGACCUCGGGAGAAAUAAGGUAUACCACAACGCGAAAGGCACGGGCGGCAGCGGGACGACGUACCCCGCGCUGCUGCGGCCCGACGAGCAGUUCAUGGUGCCGGACCGCGUGCUGGUGGUGCUGGACAUGGACGAGGGCACGCUGGCCUUCUGCGCCGACGGCCGCUACCUCGGCGUGGCGGCGCGCGGCCUGCGCGGCAAGACGCUGUUCCCCAUCGUGUCCGCCGUCUGGGGCCACGCCGAGAUCACCAUGAAGUACAUCGGCGGCCUCGACCCGGAGCCGCUGCCGCUGAUGGAGCUGUGCCGGCGCGUGAUCCGGCAGCGCGUGGGGCGGCCGCGCCUGCGCGCCGCGGCGGGCCGCCUGGCGCUGCCGCCCGCGCUCACCGCCUACCUGCUGUACCGCGCGCCCUAGUACCACGUGCGGGCGCACCGCGCGCGCCGCCCGCAGCCGUCGCAGCCGUCGCCCGACGCGAGAACCCCGAACGAUACCUAAAUUCAUUCCUAUUUACUCCUCUAAUUUGGUACCUCUACAUUUUUACUCACAAGUAGAUGUUCAAAGUUUAACGAUGACGCUAUAAUCUCCGGAUUAACGCCCCGUUCCAAAACCGUUCCUCGAGUUAUGUACAUAAUAUUUUCGACCCGAACCGUUUCCGAUACGAAACUAGGAGGGUAAAAAAGACACCCUCCCCUCGGUUUCGGAAACACGCCUUCUCGUCAAUAUUCAUAAAACAGCCUCGUACCUUGAGUAAAAAUAAAUAAUUUCAAAUGUGGCUCCGGAUGCCAGACUCUCCGCGAGUGGAAUUCGUAUGUACAAGCCCGUCCGUAGACUAUGCCCGUGGUUAGGCGUCCGCUGAAUUAGCUCAACAUUAAAAACUUGUUCGACGACACUUCAAGCGACUGCUUAUUUUAUCGCUCAGAUUUAGAAAAUUAUAUAUAAAGAGACUACUUGCUAUGUGACUACAAACUCGCGUGUACGCUAACGUACAAACAUCUUUAACCGACGAGUACCGUAAAAUGGGGUGAGUAGGGAUUACGGCGACAGUUGGGUUAUGAAUGGGGUGAGGAAGGAUGACAGAGAGAAGAGAGAGAAGUUGGUUUUUUCAAGCUACUGCUACGUAAAUUAUAUAUUCAAAUAACAAAUCAAGCUAUUUAUAAUGUUCAUAAUCCCGAAGUGUCGAUCCAACAAUUUUCAAAACUCACCUUAGUAAAAAAUCUCCCCUCACCCUUGUUCCAACUAUUUCAUAUUUAUCUUUAAAAUUAUGAAAUUGAACU